AUGGGCUCACGCCAGGUCAGCGUUGACCUAGGUGUCGAAAACGAAUUGGCAAUUUUCGUCCACAACUCUGGCACCACACUAACAAGGAUCUCACGAUUCUGGUCCAUCAAACUUGACGGUUCAAAUGACGUCGAUGAUCAAGACGAAGAGGAAGAGGGUAACGCCGGCAAUGAUUCAAAAGGCGUCUUCUCAUUCAAAGAUCCUCAACCUCUUCUGGACUUCCACAAGCUACGCUACCUCCGACUGAACGGUAUGAUGCGAUCCUACCAACCCUUGAUCUGGGCCAGCAAAGAAUCUCACUAG